ACGUUUAGUACAAAACAAGUGUCAACAUGAUGUCAAUUUCAGAAAAAAUAAUUAUUAUGUUCGCGCUAAAUUUAUUUCAUGCUCUAAGCCAAACAGAAUUUAAUUAAACCAAAAUAUUUUAUAGUUUUAACCACAUACUUAUACAAUCUCAAUUUCUCCGGUGUUAAAUUACAUUAUAAAUAUGACAAACGCUAUAGAGAGUUUUGAGUUUGAAUUAAAAAAACAAAGUACAAAAACUCCUAAAACUUUAUAUAAUAGCAAUAAGCAGCAAAAUACGACUAUAUAUAAGCCUCAAGAUGUGAUAUCGAGUGUUUCAUUACAAAUGAAAGCCAUACAAGUUGCGGAUUCUUUAAAAUCUGGUAAAUGUGAUAAAAAGUUGAACCAGUUAAAGAAAUCGACGUUUUUAAGUGUUAAUAACUUACCGGCGUACGAAGAGGUAGCAAAACAAACAAUGAAGUUUGACACCCAAUUUGCAACAGACACACAACUGAUAAAUGUAAUAGAAGACGCAGAAUUGAUUGACGCACAUGCUGGUAUGACAGAGGAAUUUGAUUCCUCAUUCCGUCAGGCAGAGACAGAAGAUCAAAGGGACAUAGAAGAAGAUAGUAGAAGAAUGAAAGAUGCUGAAAGUGCUAAUGAAGCAUUAAAUGUAAAUAGAAAUGAUAAAAUUGCUUCUUUGUUGCAAAAUUCCAUCAAAAAUGACACAGGCAUUAAAAACGAUGACAGAGUUACAGCAAUGGAAUUCAAAAAUGAUGUUUUGAUCAUUAGAAAUAAAAGGAAACUGGAUACAGAUGAUGAUGAUUUGAUUGAUUUAUUUGACAAGAAUGAUGAAAAUAAAGGUUUUAAACAUGCAACAGAUGAACAUACACAAUUUGAAGAAUACAGUCAAAUGCUAAACCAAUGUAUAGAAAUUGAAGACGAGGACAUAGAAAGGCCACUUAGUCCAAUAUUUAUGCAGAAAAGCAAACCAAAAUCUAAACCGUCUACACCAUUAGUAGUUAGUCUAGAAACAUUUGAGAAAUUUGAGCAAAUAGCAAUGCCGAUCGUCGAAUCAAAUGACAUAAAUACUGCUAAACACGUAAUUAAUUCUCAAAUUCUAGAUAAUGAGCUACUAAUUAAAGUUAAUGAGGUUUUACCACCAGAUAAAGAAAAACUGACAAACGAUGUAAAUCUUAAAUUUCAAAUUGAUGAAACAGAUGAUAAUGGAAAAGAGAUAAAAUCUCUUAUAGUCGAAGAUCCAGACUUGGAUAUACAAUUUCUAGAACUAGACAAAGAAAUAUCUGAGGAUCUAAUAAAGAAAGCCAAAACUGAGAAUACUGAAAUAUUAAAAGAUGAAAUACUAUUUAGUUCUGAUGAAGAGGAAUUCGUUCAAAAAUCCUACCAAGAUCUACCAUUUACGUGUGCUCUGGCAACAUCGUUUUAUAAUGUCAAGGAUAUGGAUGAGACAAUGUUUGUGGGGUUUCAAACGGCUAGUAACAAGUCCAUACAAGUCUUCACGGAAUCUUUUGUUCAAGCCAAAAGCCUAUUAAGCAAUGUGAGUGAAAGGGACGACGAUAUAACUGUCACCGACUUAGUUAAUAACUGUGAUGGUAAUGUCAAAAGUAAAGAUGUAAAAAUGGACUUUAUUGAUAAAGAAACAGAGCUUGAUUUAGAAUGCAAUGAUGAUGCAAAUGAUAAUAAAGAACUUUGCUGUGAAGAAAAAGAGGUUGAUUUAGUUUGUACUAAUGAUGCAACUAAAUGUGAAGGACAUAGGAAUAUAGAUUUUAAUGGUAAAGCAACAAGGCUUGAUUCAGCUUGCAAUGAUGAUGAUGCAAAUAUGUUAGAUGUGCAAAGGAAAGCAGACCUUAUUGAUAGAGAAACAGAAAUUGGUUUAGCUUGUAAUAUACAAGCAGUUGAUAAUAUGGAUAUAGAUGUAGUAAUAGAAAGACCGGUUAUUAUAACAAAACAUGAAAUUGAAAUUAAAUCUGUGUCUAAUAGUAAUUUUCAAGGAUUCAAAACGGCUAGCAAUAAAAAUAUUAAACUCAGUGAGAAAGCUCUUGCAAGAUGUAACAAAGUAUUUCAAAAUAUAGAUCUAAAUGAAGAUUUUGGAUCACAAACUGAAGAAAUACCGAAAAAAGAAAAUAAAAACUUAAUUAAUGAAAUAAUUAAUAAAGAUGAGUUUGAAACCAUUAAUGAACCAGAAACCAAAAUAAUGAAAAAUCAUACAAAUGACAUUCAAAGCAUAGACGAUGUUAUAAUCCAAGAAUUUGAAAAUAUUGAAAUGUCGCUAGAAGAAGACGGAGGUAUAAGAAAAGUUGAGACAGAGAAUGUUGUUGGUAUUAAAAAUGAAACAGAUGAUAAUGCUUUAGAAAAAUAUCAAGAUUACGUCAAAGAUAUCGAUUUUGAUAACGAUUUUACUCAAGUUGAUACUAAUGAUGAAUUAUCUGAAAAUAUUACUGAGAUCAAAACACUUAACGAACGUACAGCAGACGCUAAAACAGCUGAGGUAAUUGAAAUAACUAGUAUUGAUACAAUAAUAGACAAUAUAAAUUCAAAUAAACCAUCGACAAGUAAAUCUUUCAUUGGAUUCAAAACAGCUAAUCACAAAAAUAUAAAAAUUUCAAAACAAGCCUUAGCUAAAACAAAAAGUAUUUUCAAAAAUAUUGACUCUACAGAACCAAAAUCACUUGAAAAAUUAAAUAUAGAAGAAUAUAAUACUAAUAUGGAUAAAAAUAAUAUUUUUGAAGGUUUCAAAACUGCAAGUAAUAGAAAUAUUAUUAUCACCAAAGAAGCUCUCGCUAAAACAGCCAAUAUAUUUAAAGAUCUAGAUUCAGAUAUAAUAAUACCUGAAAAAUAUGAAAAAGAGGAUAUAAAUGAAAAUAUAGAAUUGUCAGCUAAACAGCCAUCGACUAGCAAAGAGUUUUUAGGUUUUAAAACUGCAAAUAAUAAAAAGAUUACCAUAUCUGAUGCAGCUUUAGCUAAAACGAUAGAUAUAUUUAAGGAAAUUGAUGUUGAUUGUAAAAAGGACAACAAUUUUAAUGAAUCUUCUACUGAUUUGCCUAAUUUUGUCGGAUUUAAAACGGCUAAUAAUAAGAGUAUAAAAAUAUCUGAAACAGCUUUAGUUAAAACGAAGAAUAUUUUCAAAAAUCUAGAUACUGAAGAUUUUGAUUUUCCAUCGAAAAAUAAUGAAGAAUCUUUGAAAAGUCAAAAAGGACUUACUAACAAGUUUUCUAAUGAUAAAAAAAAAAUUAAAAAGCCUUAUCCUGUAGAAGAUCUAGAUAGAAAUAAAGAUUUAAAUAAAAGCCUUCAAACAAUCGAUUUCAAUGAAUCAUUUACAAACAAAGCAAGAUUCGUUGGCUUCAAAACAGCUAAUAAUAAAAAUAUCAAUAUAUCAGAAACUUCUAUUGCCAAAACUAAAAACAUAUUUAAAGAUAUUGAUGAUAAUGUUGCUAGUUCUAAAACAGAAGAGGAGAUUAAUAAAAAUGUUGCCAACGUUGAAAUUUUCGAAGAAAUUGAUGAUGUACCACCACCUUUAGGUUUUAUUGGAUUUAAAACUGGUCAUAAUAAAGAAAUAAAAGUUUUAAAAGCAGCGUUAGCUAAAACUAAAAAUAUAUUUAAAGACUUAAAUCAAAUUAAAGAAAAUAAAUCCGAAAAAGAUUAUUAUCCUACUAUUAUUAAAGAUGUACUUGAAGCAAAUACAAAAAUUAAUUAUAAUGAAGUCAAAAGUAUUGAAAAUACGGUAAAAGAAAUCUCGAUUCCAAAAUUCCAAGGUUUCACUACAGCCAGUAAUAAAAAAGUCAAAAUCUCAGAAGAAGCAUUAAUUAAAAGUAAAAACAUUUUCAAAGAUACAGAUCAAUAUGAAAUAAAGAUCAAAGAAAAAGAUGACUAUCCUACUAUAGAAAAAGAUAGAGAAAAUAAAAGGAAAGAUAGUCCACUUAGUUUCCAAGGAUUUACCACAGCGAGUAACAAAAAGGUAAAGAUAUCGAAACAAGCCUUACUUAAAAGUAAAAAUAUAUUUAAAGAUAUUGAAAGUGAUCCAAAUACUGAUGUUAUUAAUGAUCCAACCGACAAAUAUGAACAUGAAGAUAGGGAAAUAGCUAAAGGGAUAGAAAACCCACCUAAAUUCCAAGGAUUUACCACAGCAAGUAAUAGAAAGGUAAACAUAUCAAAAGAAGCCUUACUAAAAACUAAAAAAAUAUUUAAAGAUAUUGAUAAUGAUCCAAAUACAGAUUUUAAUAAUGAUCUAACUAACAAAUUCGAAAAAGAUGGUGAGAGAGUAACUAAAAAUGAUUUAUCUGAUGGUAUUGAUAUCAAAAAUUCUAGAUCCAGUCCUAUUUUUGAAGGUUUCAAAACAGCAAGCAAGAAAACAGUUUCAGUAUCAAAAGAAGCAAUUGCAAAAAGCAAAGAGCUAUUUCUAGAAAUUAAAGAACCUGAAUUUCUAGGUUUUAAAACUGCAAGUAAUAAUAAAGUGAAAAUAUCUGAAAAAGCGCUGAAAGAAACUAGAAAAAUAUUUGAUGAUGAAAUUCUUAGUUUUAAAUUUGAUAAAAAACAUCAUUUAAUUGAAGAUUUUUCAGCCGAAAUGAAAAUACAAGAUAAUGAUAGUACUAAGUUUAUUAAAAAAAGAAAUUUAGAUAUAGGUGUUAAAGAAAAUACAGAUAAUGGUGCAAUAAGAAACAAAAGAUGUUUUUCAGAAAUAGAUACAUCUGAAAUUAACAAAGAAAAGAUAAUUGUUAACGAAAUAUUGGAUACGCAAAUACUAAAUGACUUUGAAGAAAGCCUUCAUACUGAAGAUUUUAACAAGACGGCAGUUACAUCAAAGAGAUCUGGCAGCCCGAUCUUAUCUUGCCCUAAAGCUAAAAAAAGAAAGAAAUUUGUCACACCAUAUUCUCAAAAACAACCAAAAUGUUUUAAAACAGUCGAGAAAAUUAAUAAAAAUGUCACAGGAAUUAAUUUCACAGAGGAUUAUAAGAAAAAUAAAUGUUUUACUUUAAAAGAUUUACAAAAAUUAAAACAAACAAACUCUGUUACUACUGAUCCUUAUAUACUAAAAUUUAACUUUGAAAAUUUAUUAAAAUUCGAGUUUAUAAAUGAAAGAAAUAAUUUAACUGAUUCAAAAUUAAAUUUACAUUUAUUCAAAGAUCUAUUUACAAAUUCAGUUAAUAAUAAACUGAUACCUAACGGUUGGUUAGAUAACCAUUUUAAGUUAAUUCUCUGGAAGUUAAUAUCUUAUGAGGUUAAAUUUAACUUGAAGUUCAAUGCAAGAAAUGUUAUGGAUCAAUUGAAAUUCAGAUAUGAUAAAGAGUUAUAUAAUGCUCAGAGGCCGGUUUUAAGGAAAAUUUUGGAAAAAGAUGAUGUCCCAUCUAAAACUAUGGUGUUGUGUGUCGCUGGGGUCUAUGUUGAUGGAGUUAGCGUUGCCAGUGCAUCAACAACGAAUCUAGAACUUCUACUAACGGAUGGCUGGUACUGCAUCAUGUCUACUCCGGACAAAAUGUUAGCACAGUUGGUCUGUGAUGGCAAAAUCACUGUUGGGACUAAAAUCGUCACCAACGGGGCCGAGUUGGUUAAUUGUGAGCAAGGAGUCUCGCCUUGGGAGGAUACAUCAGCGGUCCGUCUAAAGAUCUUCGGCAACUCGACCCGCCGCGCUCGCUGGGACGCCCGCCUCGGUUACCAUGGCAACGGCGCCAUCUUGUCGCAGCUGUCAGCUGUCAAACUGGAUGGCGGGAAAGUGUCGAAGCUUAUGGUUUUUGUGACCAGAGUCUAUCCAGCUAUGUACGUUGAGAAAUUUGAAGAUGGGAGUACUGUGACAAGAUCAGAACGUUUAGAACAUUUGCAUCAGAUGAAGACAGAAGCAGAAAGGCAGGGCAUCAUGGAGAAGUUAUAUGAAGAAGUGGAGAAGGAGUUCGCUGAUCAGGAGUCGCAGGAUUCCGAAGGCUAUACAGAUUCUUGCAAUAGAACAUGUCUGGACAGCGGCUCGCAAAUCGCUAAACUGAUGAAGAACAGCCGAGAUCCAGCUGAAUUCAGAGCACACUUAACAUCAUCCCAAACCCGUCUCUUAGAAGCCCACACAACGAAACGCAGGGAACAUCUUCUAGAAGAUAUACAGAAGAGAAUUAGAAAGAAGAUGGAGACAGCAGGUGUGAAUGUAAACAGGAACGUGGUAACGUUGUUGAAGAUAAGAGUGGCUGGUGUAGAAGAUAGAGAGAAAAUUGUUGUGACUAAAGGCAUGAUGUCAAUAUGGAAACCGACAGAGGAAGUACAAGAAAUCAUUAAAGAGGGCGCUUGGAUCGAUAUUAUGAACGUAGUACCCACAGCUGUUAGAUACUCCGAAAUUCAAAUAUCAGCCGGCAGACAAUCAAUAUUCAGUGCUUCAAAAUACAAAGACGUAGAAAAAAUUAAACCAUACACAAGUCUACUUAAACGCAAAUGUUACACCAUAAAAGAUCUAGCCCAAAACCCAGCCAUGGCCACCGAUUACAACGAAAUCGAUACCGUAGGCAUGAUAUUUCAAAUCGAUCCAUCGAUUUCGGACUUCGAUUCGACUAAACAACCCUUCCAAAAUGUUUACUUAGCUGAUUUUGAUAAAAAUAUAAUCUGUAUAAAUUUUUGGGGAGGACUAAAGAAAUUUGGUUUCCAUAAUGUUUUGGAUACCGGUCAAAUCGUCUCCUGUGUGAAUUUACAAAAACGGGCUGGCAACACUAGGAAAACUAUACCGCAUUUUCGCGUAACUGAGUUCUCGUAUUUUACGAAGACGCCGAAAAGUGAAAAUGCUAGAACAAUAGUUGAUGAUUUAAAUAAAAUGUUUUUAUCACUCGAUCGAAGAAAAUUCUGUGAGCAAUGUAUAGAAAUUAAAAAUAACUAUUCCUCUAACAAAAAUAAUGCUGAAAAUAUAUCCCCUUAUAGAUUUAAUAAUAGCGAUUAUAAUCAGUCUAGAAAUAAAAUAUUUAUCGAUUCGCCUUUAGCUAGACCGAAAACGGAUGACAAUUUCAACCUAACCGGCCUUGAUUUUGAGUCUACAUUCAGACAGACAGACACACAAAAUCUAUCAGAAGAAGUCUUAAUUAGAAAGCGUAAAGUCAACGAAAAAAUAGCUAAAUUAAAAAUGUAUGGGGAACCACCGCCAUUGACCAAUCUACAUAUUAUAAAUAAAUCAAAAAGUGCUUCGAAUUCAUAUAAAAGUCCUUUAUUAACUAAAAACAAUCAAUCUAAAACAACACACGAACUGUCAAACUCGAAAUCUGACAGUUGUGUGAAUGUUGCCAAUGAGAAAAAUUCUCCCGAAAAUGUGGGAGAUAGCCCAGUGAUUUUGAAUAGAACUUAUGUAAAAAGUAUAGAUCCAGUCAAAAUUGAUUUUGAUGUGAAAGAUGAUAGUCAUGUUGAUCAUUUUGCUGAUGAUUUCGAUGGCAGUCCGCCUUUGAGUCUAGAUUAAUUCUUUCUGUAAAUUAAGGGCUUACAGGGUGUUUUAAAAAUGUCUAAAAGUACUUGUUACCGAUAUUAAACUAAUUACUAGUAAUAAAUUGUAGAUUUUUGGAUUAUACUUUGCUAAUGACCUGAAAAAGAAUAAAAUUUACUGGCCCGGUCUAGUUGUUAGUGGCCCUCAUUGCUUUACCGUAGGUCGUGGAUUCCAUUCCCACCCAGAACAAAUAUUUGUGCGAUGAGCACUAUCAUUUUUCUGUCUGGAUGUACUCAUAAUACAAGCUUUGCUUAGUUUGAGGCUGAAGGCGUUACGUGAAAGACGUAAAAUAUAAUUUCAUUAAACAAAAAUGUAUCACUCACCCUUAAACUAAUUUAAGCUAAGAAAACUCAUUCAAAGUAUUUUUUUAUAAAAUAGAAGAAUAUUUUGCGUGAAAGAGGAACAAACAU